UUCAGUGUGUACAUGCGCCAACCGGAAGAAGGUGAAAAGUAGGCAAUGUUAGUAUUGACUGUCUCUAUUGGCAUUAUCCAGUCCCAAUACUACUACAUAGACUUGUCCAGACAAAACAAUGGCUUACAGGAGAGACCGAAACAUAAGGGAUGUCUAUGACGAACGCUUCCUAUCAGACAGACCGGCCCCAUAUCCCAGAUCAGCUGGAGCAGGGCCUGUAGAGAGGAGGCCGGCUGGUUUCGGAAGGCCAGACGAGGAGUACAAUCGAGGGUUUGAGUACGACGGGCCUCGCUUUUAUCCAAAUGGAGGCCCUCGAGGUUACCAUGGCGAGGAUCAAAGAGGCUACCAUGGCGACAGCCUUCAUUUUCCUAACGAGCGCAGAGGUAUCCCACCUUCCCGGAGACCGGAGGAGCCGUACCCCUACCCUUCUAGACCACCUCCUAGAGAGGACCCCCACACAACACGCCAGAUGGAGUUCAGAAGCAGUGGCCGUGCAGCACCACCUCCCCCCACCGUCAGGGCUCAGGGGAUGUACCCUGCACCCCGCUCCCUGUCUGUUGUGGUCCCAGAGGGGGGUGAUGACACCCUGAUGCAGGCCAUCCUCAACCUGGACAGAGGAAGGAAAGGCCCCUUGCCUCCCCUGAGAGGCAGACGUCCCCCCCUCCCCCACAGCGGUCCGGCUCCACCGUCAGUAGCAAGAGCUACUCUCCUGACAGAGGCAAGGGUCUCACCCACCCCCGCCCAGCAGAAAA